CUUUUCUCUCCAUUUCUCCCUGUUCUAGUUCUGUACAAACCCACUUGUUCAUACUCCCAUUAUUUUUCUCUUUAAUCCCCUUGACGUUUUCCUCUCUCCAACAAAACCCCCACGCUUAUCGCAAUUUCUCUCGCUCUCCUUCUUCACCUUUCUCAUUUUCAUUCAAUUUCUUCUUCACCCAUCACUCUUAACCCUAAAUCCUGCUCACCCAUCUCCCUCUAAUGGCUUCCCACUGUCAAAAAAGCUACCUCCGCCCCGAUUCUACGCCUCAUCUCAACGGCGACACCGAUACCCACUUGCCCAAAAAGCCCAAAAUCGCACCCACUUCCAUUUCCGACUCAGAAAUUCAAUCCGAGUUCGCCCACCAUGACCUCUCCGUUGCUCGGAUCAACAACGGCAGCUUCGGCUGUUGCCCUUCUUCUGUCAUUUCCGCUCAACAACAAUGGCAGCUCAAGUUUCUCCGGCAGCCGGAUUACUUCUACUUCAACGAACUAAAGAAGGGGAUUCUUGAAUCCAGAACUAUAAUCAAGGAUCUCAUCAAUGCCGAACAUAUCGAUGAAGUCUCUAUUGUCGAUAACGCCACCACUGCGGCUGCUAUUGUUCUUCAGAAAAUCGCUAGGGAUUUUGCCGAGGGGAGAUUCCAGAAGGGUGAUGCGGCGGUGAUGCUUCAUUAUGCGUAUGGUGCUGUGAAGAAAUCGGUAGAGGCAUAUGUUUCUCGAGCUGGUGCGUAUGUUAUUGAGGUUCAAUUGCCUUUUCCUGUUGAAUCUAAUGAUGAAAUCAUAUGUGAAUUUCGUAAGGCUUUAGAGAGAGGAAAGGCUAAUGGUAGGAAAGUUCGUUUGGCUGUGAUUGAUCAUAUUACAUCAAUGCCUUGUGUGGUUAUUCCUGUUAAGGAAUUGGUAAAAAUCUGUAGGGAAGAGGGUGUUGAUCAAGUGUUUGUUGAUGCUGCUCAUGCUAUUGGGUGUACUGAUAUCAAUAUGCAAGAGAUUGGUGCUGAUUAUUACACUAGUAACUUGCAUAAAUGGUUCUUUUGUCCACCUUCAAUUGCUUUCUUGUACUCUAGGAGGUCCCCAAGUCUCUCUGAUUUGCAUCAUCCUGUUGUUUCUCAUGAAUAUGGUAAUGGGUUAGCCAUAGAAAGUGCUUGGAUUGGAACUAGAGAUUAUAGUUCUCAGUUGGUCGUGCCUUCGGUUUUGAAGUUCGUUAAUAGGUUUGAAGAUGGGAUUGAGGGAAUCAAAAAGCGGAAUCACGAGGCUGUUGUGAAGAUGGGAGAGAUGUUGGUAGAGUCGUGGAAGACGCGUCUUGGUUGCCCGCCGAGUAUGUGUGCGAGUAUGAUCAUGGUGGGGUUGCCUUCAUGUUUGGGUAUCUCGAGUGAAUCUGAUACUAUGAUGUUGAGAACGCAUUUGCGUGAAGAAUUUAGAGUUGAAGUUCCGAUAUAUUAUCGCGCUCCGAGGAAGGGGGAAACUGGUACUAUAACGGGGUAUGCACGGAUUUCUCAUCAAGUGUACAACAAGUUUGAGGAUUAUGUUAAGUUGAGAGAUGGAAUCAAUGAACUUGUUCGAGCUGGCUUCACCUGUGCUGAGCUCUCGAAAUGAGGACGGAAGAGGUUUAUAAAAGCGGCCCGCGGUGUUCGUCGUCUGCUGCACAGCCAUGGUUUCGAAACGCCAUGGGCACACCCCCAAACACUUCAAAGGUGGAUGCACCAAGCAGAGAAUAAUGUCAUUAUCUUUUUAAUGACUGAAAUGAAAGUCGUAGAGGACAAUGGUUGUUGUACAUGUUCGAAUCUCGCCCUUUCGACUCUUGAACUUUCAAACGAUGUACCGUGUUUUGAGCAUACAUAUGAGUAAAGGUCAUAUGAUGUAGACUGGACUGUAAGUUUAGUAGUUUUCGAGUUCUCGAGUUCUCGAGUUUCCAUGCAGCAAGUGAUUUUGUAUGCUCCAUCUUAAUUGACGGCAGAUUUUAAUGAAUUGCAGUUUCAUA